CCCCAUUGCCGAUCAAUUGCCGAGGUAUUGCCGAUUUAUUGCAGAAAAUGCCCGAUUUAGACCCCCCAUCCUUAGAAGCAUCCACAUGGCUUAUAAAAAUCGGCAAUUCACAUAGCCCCAUACAAUAUUUUAUUAUAAAUUUGUUCUUAGCGGUCCAUGGCUUUGGGCCCCACAAUCAGUGUGGGAUAGUGCCUUCCCCUGUGGCGGUUACAACCUGUACAGGCUUUUCAGAUACGUCGUACACGCAUUUAUACUCUCAGUUUCAAUGGAGAUUCAUGGUCCUAAAGUUCAGAUUGCCAAUCUUCCUUCCAAUUUUAUCAGUACCCAUUUUCUAGUUCAGCCCACAGAUACUCAGAAUCAGAAAAUUGUGCAAUUCUUGCAAUUGGGAAUAAUCUGGCAGUCGAUGAUUUAUGUGGUUUUUUUCAUGGGGGUGUUCGAGCUUUACAUCAAUGCUACAGCUGCAAGUAGAAGAAUUUAACUCUCUUACUUCUCAGUGUUUGAUCAGUGAGUGAUUUAACAUAUAGAAGUUGGGCGAGGGUUUUGAGUUUUAUUUGAGGAAGCGGAUUUAUAUACAUAUCAGGCGAAUGGAAAAGAACCCAAUUCGUGUUAUCUUCAAAGAUGCCGGGCACACAUUCAAGAAAGAUGAAUUAGGCAAGGAGAUAGCACGGAUUGCAUUUCCUGCUGCACUGGCUUUAAUGGCUGAUCCAAUCGCUUCUUUAGUGGAUACAGCGUUCAUUGGGCGAAUAGGUCCUGUUGAGCUGGCUGCUGUUGGAGUUUCUAUUGCCAUAUUUAAUCAAGUAUCAAGAAUUGCCAUCUUCCCACUAGUGAGUAUCACCACAUCCUUUGUUGCAGAGGAUGAUGCAAAUUGUACUAUCACACGUGAUGAGAUUGAUAUAGAAGAAACGCGAAAGUCUCCACUAAAAGAAGAGGAAAUGAAUGAAAUGUUACCUCGUGAUGGUAUUCUAGAAUCCACCCCCCUGUGCUAUCCUGAAAAGCAAACAAAUAAGCCUUUAGGCUUUGUUAAUACAAAGACAAAUGAUACCUAUUUGGAGUGUGAGAAAAGACAUAUACCUUCUGCAUAUUCUGCCUUGGUUUUUGGCAGUAUUCUGGGCCUCCUCCAAGCUGUUAUCCUUAUAUUUGGAGCUAGGUCUAUCUUAAGCAUUAUGGGUGUCAAGCAUGGAUCUCCCAUGCUAACUCCAGCAGAACAAUACUUGAAGUUAAGAUCUCUCGGUUCACCAGCUGUUCUAUUAUCUUUAGCCACACAGGGGGUCUUUCGAGGAUUUAAGGACACAAAAACUCCUUUAUUUGCCACAGUGAUAGGGGAUGCAACAAAUAUUAUCUUGGAUCCAAUUUUUAUGUUUGUUUUGAAGUUAGGUGUUAGGGGUGCAGCCAUUGCACAUGUUGUUUCUCAGUACCUACUUAUGCUUAUAUUAUUAUGGAGAUUAUGCAUGAAAAUAAAAGUCGUGCCUCCAAGUAUCACGGAUCUGCAAUAUGAUCGGUUCCUAAAAAAUGGCUUCUUGUUGCUUGCAAGGGUGAUAGCAGUCACAUUCUGUGUAACUUUAGCCGCAUCUAUGGCUGCAAGAGAGGGGUCGGUACCCAUGGCAGCCUUUCAGGUUUGCUUGCAAGUUUGGUUGACAACAUCUCUUCUUGCUGAUGGCUUAGCAGUUGCUGGUCAGGCAAUACUAGCAAGUGCAUUUGCAGUAGGCGAUCAUGAGAAGGCAAGGAUCACUGCCACCCGGGUUUUACAGUUGGGUCUGGCGCUUGGAUUAAUUCUUUCCGUAGUUCUUGGGUUAGGCCUAAGGUUUGGGGGGCAGAUAUUCACGAGAGACGUCCAUGUGUUGCAUCUCAUGCGUGUCGGCAUUCCGUUUGUAGCCAUUACACAACCAAUCAAUUCUUUGGCCUUUGUGUUCGACGGAUUAAACUUUGGGGCGUCGGAUUUUGCCUACUCUGCAUGGUCCAUGGUCCUUGUAGCUAUUGCAAGCAUCGGCUGCUUGAUUCUUUUGUCGUGGAGCAAAGGAUUUAUUGGUAUUUGGAUUGCUUUGACAAUCUAUAUGUCACUUAGGAUGCUUGCUGGUUUCUGGAGGAUUGGAACUGCCACAGGUCCUUGGAAGUUCCUUAGAACCUAACCCUUACCUUUUCUUUUGGUUUGAGUGUUAUACAUACUGUGUAAUAUUUCAUUAUUUAAUUUGUCAUCGGCUUUUAUAA